GUAAAGGGUCCGCCGGAAACGAUAAGACUGGACGGUAGACGAGAAAAAGGAACCGAGCAAGGGAGGGUAAAAACGAUGAUUUAGAGAUUUAGCCUACCCCCACCCCCCGACAGGGAAGAGAGGAGAUGGUUCAAAAAUAGAUGAGAAGAGAGAGAAAACAGUAGAGAUGGAGAGGAUUAAAAAUCAUGGUGAAAAUGGAAAACCAAAACUAAAACACGGCGGCGGACCAGGAAACCCUGCACCUGCUGUGAUGAGAGCGAGCAGCUCUGGGCCUGGUCUCUGCUGCUCCCAGGUGGUCCUUCUGGGUAUUGCAAGUGUGGGAGGGAAGGCCCGGCGUCUGAAGCAGGCAAAGGAGGAGGCACAGAUGGAGGUGGAGCAGUACCGUCGGGAGCGGGAACAGGAAUUCCAGAGCAAGCAGCAGGCGGCCAUGGGCUCUCAGGGGAACCUGUCUGCUGAGGUGGAGCAGGCUACAAGACGCCAGGUGCAGGGCAUGCAGAGCUCCCAGCAGAGAAACCGUGAACACGUCCUGGCCCAACUUCUUGGCAUGGUUUGUGACGUCAGGCCCCAGGUCCACCCCAACUACCGGAUUGCUGCCUAGGAUCCACAUAGGACCUGACUGUUCCCUUCCAGUUCCCUUCCUCAAAGAAAUCCCCUAAACAAAAUUACCACCCACCAACUUCACUGCUUCUUUCCCAUUUUCUCUCCUUUCCAUUUCCUAGAAAUUCUAGGGGCAAGAUCCAAUAAUUCUGUGAAAUUUAUAAGUAUCUUGCUCAGAUCUGAAUCUCCUUCCUGUUCUUUAACCUUCACAGGGACUUGUAAACUCCCAAGUCACCCUCACCGAAACUCUCUGUGAAAUUUGUAGCAUGGAGAAGUAGGGAUAUGGAAAAAAAAUUUGACUUCAGAGCCUGGAAACAUUGGGUCCCUUUCCUAACCCUGCCACUUGCUGUCUGUGCACCCAGGACAGUUACUUAACCCGUAUCCAGUGUCCUCCUUUGCAAGACUGGCAUGAUAAUGAUGAUUGUAAUAACAAUAAUACCUACCUUAUGGGGCUGCUUCAAUGAUUAGGAAUCACUCUGUAAAGAGCCUAGCAUGGUUUCUGGCAUGUAGCAGCUGUGAUUCAAUAAAUGUCAGCCCUAUGGUAUUAUUACCACCCCGUGCCCACCUGUCAAAACCAAAAAACAACUGUUUCUUCACAUUUGUCAAUGUCUCUCUAAUUUUACUAACUCAUUCUGUGAACCUAGUAAUUUUUCUGAAGAAUUGGUUCUUCCCAUCUCUCUUUUCCCAGAGACUUUAUGAUCCCGGGAAAGGAAAUGGAGACCUUGUUUAGCCUCUCUACUGUGGUUCCAGGAGGAUGUUACAUUUCUUAGUCUCUCUUUUUGUCUUAAAUUGGCCUUUCUUUUUACUGGACUUCCCUCUUUCCUUUUCCGAUCUCCCCAAAGACCCAUCAGAUGCCCACUGCUUCCUGAGAUCCAGAGUGAUGUUGUGUUCCCUUGUAUGCAUGGCCUUCCUUUCUACAUCCUCAACACUCUUCCCUUUGUAACAAUGAAAAAGUGUCAAUAAAAAAAAAAAAAAACCUAUGGGCAAAUCAA